CAUCGCUUAGUGGAGUAUGACAACCAAAUUAACUUAGCAUAUUGCCACGCAAUGAAUCACUAAUGUUGACAGCUUAGUAGUUUUAAGAUAAAUAUAACAGUGUGUGGAUGUCCUUCCAUGCGCCAUUUCACUGUAACUGUCUUGAUCGUGAGUAAGCUAUUAAAACCAGGUAAGCCUAUUAAAAAAUAAUAAUAAAUUUUAAUGUAAUUGCAAAUCAUGCAAUUUUAUUCGUACAUAUUCAAUCUUCUUAUGCUAAGUUUUUUCACUGAAAACAUAAAAAAAAAAAAAAAAAUUACAAUAAAAAUAAAAUAAAACUGUUUUAUACGUAAAGUGCAGUUCAGAAAAAACACUUAAAAAAAAAUAAUAAAUUUUAAUUGAAUUUCAAAUCAUUCAAUUUUAUUCGUACAAAUUCAAUCUUCUUAUGCUAAGUUUUUUCACUGAAAACAUAAAAAAAAAAAAAAAAUUACAAUAAAAAUAAAAUAAAACUGUUUUAUACGUAAAGUGCAGUUCAGAAAACACACUAUCCUGACCGUUACCGUGGUGGCAAUAACUUCGCAAUUUCUUCAAGAAUGGUGGCGAUAAGCUCAAUGUACUGCCUUCAACGCGUCGCCUUCUUAAAUGAAAUGAUCCACGUAAGAAUCUGGCAUGUGUUUGCGUGUGUCAGUGUGCCACCUGCCCCCCCCCCCGUUGCCGACAUUAAGGAGCGCUCGAUACCUUUUACGCACAUCCGCGUUAACCCACUGUUGGACGGGUCAGAUAUACAACAGUAUCUGAGUUUAAUGUAAAUGCGCCAUUGUCUUAUUACUUUUUUUUGUUGUUUGCUCUCGCACCGUCUCCGAAGAGUGACAAACUCGUCAUUCGUCAUGUUCCCUGCAGACAGGUGUCUCAUUGUCGACUGUUACGGAUAAAAGGGACGUAAAGUCAGGUUUUGCCCCCGGGUGAAUAAUGUUCUAAAAAUUAUCGUAUAGCUCAAAUCCAGUUUCCUGUUAGAGAUACUAGACAAACGUAUGUGGAGAAGUUACAGAUAGGCUUAAAUCAAAACGGGAUGCUCCAAAUAAUAACAGUACGAACAUCUCGCAUCUUAAACGCGGCGUUCGUUUUCAACGGUGCCUAGCUCCAGCCGCUACUUGUUCUCAGUACUAAAAAGGAAAUAGAGGUUUGCCAGUUGUUGUUGGAAAUGGCUUUCUCCAGGGAGGAAAAGGCAUUCUUAGUUGACCAUUAUUUGAGGAGUCCAAUUGCAAGACCUUUUAAGUAACACCUGGUUGGUUUUAAGAAAAGGUUGGGAUUUUUGUACAUUAAAUUUAUUUAGCAAAUAUAGCAUUUACAUUUUUGUAUGGUGACAUUUUUAGAAUAAAUGAAGCUUUUGAUUCAUUAAAUUUAUAAAAUGCUGUAGAUUGACACUUAACGAACCAGCCAAAAUAGUCAACUUGAUUUUUUUUUCAAAAAAGUUAUUUAGCAGGUUUCGCAAUGAGACUCCUCAUUUUUGCUCGUAUAAAAGUUGUCGUGAAAAAAAGGGAGUUAGGGUCCAUUUUUAUGAAAUGGCGGAAAAAUUUCGCGGAACAAAAUAAAAUGGAUAUUUUGUCAAAAUUUUUGCCGUUCUAGAAAGAUCCUCUGCCAACGCAAGGGGUCGUCUGAUCAACCCAUAAGUUAAUGUGACUUUAUUCGAAGAAUCACACUACCAAUUUAAAAAAAACAACAAAAAAAAACUAAAUAAAACUGAUCAUCGAACACAAUGGCUAAAAAUAUUCUGCUAAAUACAUCAUUUUGGCAUGCAUGUCCGGCUCUGUCAAGCGUUGUCCAACCUGUAUCAAGUACAAAAAUGCAAAUAUGGCUGGAAACAAUCGGCUAGCAGACGCAUUCAUGAUGCCCAGUUUCAAAGGUAGUUAGGCAUAUACAUUGUAGGGGCCAGUCAAAUACCUUCUGGAGAACACCUGCUUUGAUUCUCAGUUAUAGAAAGACUUUCAAGACGUCACCAAUUGAAAACAGUACACCGGCAAAUUGUGUUACUAGGUGCCACGUAACAAUAAACCACGUACCUGUGUUACUUGGUGUCAUGUAACAAACACCACAUACCUGUGUUACUUGGUGUCAUGUAACAAACACCACAUACCUGUGAUACUUGGUGUCAUGUCACAAUACACCACGUACCUGUGUUACUUGGUCUCAUGUCACAAUACACCACAUACCUGUGAUACUUGGUGCCAUGUAACAAUACACCACAUACCUGUGUUACUUGGUCUCAUGUCACAAUACACCACAUACCUGGUAUACUUGGUGCCACGUAACAAUACACCACAUACCUGUGUUACUUGGUGUCAUGUAACAAACACCACAUACCUGUGAUACUUGGUGCCAUGUAACAAUACACCACGUACCUGUGUUACUUGGUCUCAUGUCACAAUACACCACAUAUCUGUGUUACUUGUACUAAGUAACAAUACAUCGCGUACCUAUGUUAUUUGGUGUCAUGUAACAAUACACCACGUACCUGUGUUACUUGGUCUCAUGUAACAAUACACCACGUUCCUGUGUUACUUGGUCUCAUGUAACAAUACACCACGUACCUGUGUUACUUUGUCUCAUGUAACAAUACACCACAUACCUGUGUUACUUUGUCUCAUGUAACAAUACACCACAUACCUGUGUUACUUGGUCUCAUGUAACAAUACACCACGUAACUGUGUUACUUGGUCUCAUGUAACAAUACACCACAUUCCUGUGUUACUUGGUCUCAUGUAACAAUACACCACAUACCUGUGUUACUUUGUCUCAUGUAACAAUACACUACAUACCUGUGUUACUUGGUCUCAUGUAACAAUACACCACGUUCCUGUGUUACUUGGUUUCAUGUAACAAUACACCACGUACCUGUGUUACUUGGUCUCAUGUAACAAUACCCCACGUUCCUGUGUUACUUGGUCUCAUGUAACAAUACACCACAUACCUGUGUUACUUAUUCUCAUGUAACAAUACACCACGUACCUGUGUUACUUGGUCUCAUGUAACAAUACACCACGUUCCUGUGUUACUUGGUCUCAUGUAACAAUACACCACGUACUGUGUUACUUGGUCUCAUGUUACAAUACACCAUGUACCUGUGUUACUUGGUCUCAUGUAACAAUACACCACGUACCUGGGUUACUUGAUCUCAUGUAACAAUACACCACAUACCUGUGUUACUUGGUCUCAUGUAACAAUACACCACAUACCUGUGUUACUUGGUCUCAUGUAACAAUACACCACAUACCUGUGUUACUUGGUCUCAUGUAACAAUACACCACGUAACUGUGUUACUUGGUCUCAUGUAACAAUACACCACAUUCCUGUGUUACUUGGUCUCAUGUAACAAUACACCACAUACCUGUGUUACUUUGUCUCAUGUAACAAUACACCACAUACCUGUGUUACUUGGUCUCAUGUAACAAUACACCACGUUCCUGUGUUACUUGGUUUCAUGUAACAAUACACCACGUACCUGUGUUACUUGGUCUCAUGUAACAAUACACCACGUUCCUGUGUUACUUGGUUUCAUGUAACAAUACACCACGUACCUGUGUUACUUGGUCUCAUGUAACAAUACACCACGUACCUAUGUUACUUGGUCUCAUGUAACAAUACAUCUCAUAACUGCCCCCCCCCCCAAAAAGGCGCCGCCCUUCCUGGGAACGGCCUUCUAAAGUCCACUUUACAAGUAACGUUAAGACACGCGUUAUGGCCCAGGUUGGCCUAUGCGUUUUGACCAGUUUCGAUCAGGUAAUUUGUCCGUGGGGGGGGGUUGUGGGGGUGUGGGGUAUAUAUAUAGUAUUUCAAGCCUUCGGGUGGGGGUCACGGCAUCUAUCACCCCGAUAGUCAGAAAUUUUGAUUCCUAGGGUCAGCUCUGACUUCGUCACCCCAGCUAUACAUAACUGUAAAACGUUGAAUCCCAAGGACUUAGACUGGUCGACAAAUUCAAUUUCAAUCUUACUGACAAAAAAGAGACCUCCGCUUUUUCUUUUUAGACUGUUCGCUAAAAUGGGAUAAGAAUUGGGGGGGGGGUGUUAAUAAAAGUUGUCGGGUGCUCAAAUGAAGCUUGUGCGUAGGGAACAGCUUGGGGAAUAAGAGGGUUGGCCUGAUAUCCAUCUGGGCUAAGCUCUUCCACAUUCCAACAACCGCUUGGGGAAUAAGAGGGUUGGCAUGAUAUCCAUCUGGGCUAAGCUCUUCCACAUUCCAACAAUCGCUUGGGGAAUAAGAGGGUUGGCCUGAUAUCCAUCUGGGCUAAGCUCUUCCACAUUCCAACAAUCGCUUGGGGAAUAAGAGGGUUGGCAUGAUAUCCAUCUGGGCUAAGCUCUUCCACAUUCCAACAAUCGCUUGGGGAAUAAGAGGGUUGGCAUGAUAUCCAUCUGGGCUAAGCUCUUCCACAUUCCAACAAUCGCUUGGGGAAUAAGAGGGUUGGCAUGAUAUCCAUCUGGGCUAAGCUCUUCCACAUUCCAACAAUCGCUUGGGGAAUAAGAGGGUUGGCAUGAUAUCCAUCUGGGCUAAGCUCUUCCACAUUCCAACAAUCGCCUUAAAGAUUUAUCAUUACUUUUUCAAGAAAUUAACCACGGAUGUCUUCUUUUAUUCUGCUCUUGAACAGGCAGGCAUGGAAUACACCUACGUCCUCUUGGUCGCCAUGUUUGGCUUGACUCAUCAGAGUGUUAAGGUUAUACCUGACUUUCUCCUCCAGGGGAUUCACACCUGCUUCAAAUGGUAUGACGAGGAUCGCAAUCGGCUUCUGGACAUGAGAGAAUUCUUCAACCUAAUCCUAGUAGGUCUUUUGGGGUUUUUGGUGCCAUAACUUGGCUUAGUUGUGUUUUUUGUGUGGAGUUUUUGGUGCCAUACCUUGACUUAUGUGUGUCUUUUGGGGUUUUUGGUACCAUAACUUGGCUUAGUUGAGUCUUUUUGGAGUUUUUGGUGCCAUACCUUGACUUAUGUGAGUCUUUUGGGGUUUUUGGUGCCAUAACUUGGCUUAGUUGUGUUUUUUGUGUGGAGUUUUUGGUGCCAUACCUUGACUUAUUUGGGUAUUUUGGGGUUUUUGGUGCCAUAACUUGGCUUAGUUGAGUCUUUUUGGAGUCUUUGGUGCCAUACCAUGACUUAUGUGGGUCUUUUGGGGGUUUUGGUGACAUAACUUGGCUUAGUUGUGUCUUUUUGGAGUUUUUGGUGCCAUACCUUGAAUUAGUUGGAUCUUUUGGGGUUUUGGUGGCAUACCUUGGCUCAGUUGGGUCUUUUUGGGGUAUUUGGUUGGUGCCAUAACUUGACUUAGUUGGGUCUUUUGGUGCCAUACCUUCACUUAGUUGGGUCUUUUGGUGCCAUACCUUUACUUGGUUGGGUCUUUUGGAGUUUUUUGGUGCUAUGCCUUGGCUAAGUUGAGUCUUUUUGCUUUUUUGGUGCCAUACUUUGGCAUUUUUUUAAGCCAUACGUUUGCUUAGUUUUUGUUUUUUGGAGCCAGACUGUGGCUAAGUUGUUUUUUUUUUGUUUUUUUUGGUGGCGAUUCGUUGGCUUAUUACUAUUUUCUUAGCCAUGCAAUGGCUAAGUUGUUUUGUUACUUAUUUAUUUUGGAGCCAUACGCUGGCUUAGUUGUUUUUUUUUUUUAAAUUCUUUCAGUGAUCUAUCUAAAAUGGUGUUUGGAAAAUAUUCUUUUAACAAUUUCCUUUUUAAAUUUUUUUCUUCUUGAAAAUUCCUGCUAGUAGUCUACUAAGUAGAGAAUUUGGUUAAAGGUGACGUGCAAAUAUUUUAUACUACUUAUCUCCGAAUAAUAUACUGAAAAAACUAAAAAGAAAACAAAUUAAAUAUUUUUUUAUUAAAAAGACAUCUCGCACGGAUAGUGAAUUGUGGAACGAUUAGAUCAACGUAGACAAAAGGUCAAGAACGUUUUAGAGCGUGGAGUGGUUCUCAUCAAUGAUAUCGCCUUAUGCAAACAGUUUAGGGGUGGUCAAGUCAUGAUCGAUAAGUGAAAAUAAAAGCUGUAGGAUUUCUUUAAGAGAAUCGCAUUGUGCUCUUGAGCCGCAGGUUGCCGACCCGAGACAACAGCCUCCUCCCAAUGGAGCCACCCAGCCAAUCCACUGACCCGGGACAAUAACCUCCUCCCAAUGGACCCACCCAGCCAAUCCACUGACCCGGGACAAUAACCUCCUGCCAAAUAAGUCACCCCGCUAACCUUGACUAAAAACUCCCAAGUGCCGUACACACGUUUUGUACAUCUGUGCCUCUUCCGGCACGUGACCUGGUUCAUUCAUAAAAAGGUAGACCGUGAUUUGCGUCCGAAAUCAGCCACACAAAAAAUAAAAUAAAAAAUAACCUUAUUCCAUGGCCCAAAAGAUCUACACUAACCAUUCCUAACUUACAUAAUACGUGGGCCUAGUGACGUAGCUAGUGGGGUGCGGACCGCAUCGGGAGAACCCUCUCAUGGUGUGGCACCAAAUUAAAAAAAAAAAUUGCAUAUUUACAGAGCACACUGCUCGGUCUAACCGAAUUUUAUAAAAGGAUAACCGAUCACACGUAAAUUUUACACACAUUAACCAAUCCGAGUGUUUCGUUAGCUGAUAUUGAUUUUGAUCAAGUGAUUGACAGGUUUGCAGCUUUGAAGAGCAGGAAAGAAAUAUUUUAAAUAAAAUUAAUUGAAUGUCAAAACAACUAUAACUUAACGUUGUUAAUCUUCGUGAAGAAGUUGACCUCCGGACCUUCAAUUAGUUUGUUUUUGUCCUUGUUAUUGUUAUACUGUGGACUUAUUUUAACACGAAGAAAUCCAUCUCGGAAGUCGGGGGUAGGGGGUGUGGGGGGAAAGGGGGGGUGACACCAUGUGUGACUACACCGGGUGACACACCAGCUCUAGCUACGCCACUGCGUACGCCAUUUAUUUCUUCUUCACUUAACGCCGCAGGGACCAAAUCCUAAAACUAAUGCGACCUUGGGCACCUUUGGGAAAAGACUCGAGCACUGUGACGCUCAAUUUGGAAACCUGGCACCUAAAUUUUUCAGCGUGAUCAACAGAAACACGGAUUCGGUCAUUGACCUGGUAGAAGCCAGAUACGUUAUGAAGCAAUUCGACACCAACGGCGACAGAAGAGUUUCGAGAGAGGAAUUCGAAAGGUGAGACUUUUACACACAAAACAAAAGAAUGUUUCAAGAAAAAACAAUUUGUGUUUUUUGUUGUUGUUGUUGUCCAAAUGCACCGGAAGUUAAAUCUACCCCCCCCCCCCCCCCACCCGGAAAUUAAACCUACCCCCCCCCCCCCCAUUUCGUGUGGCUAAAUCGAACGUUAAGAAGGCGAAUCGCUAUUUUCAUCACCUAUUGUGUGUCCGUUAGUUUGGUCCGGGCUGUUAGCGUUCAUAGCGUCUAGGACGGUUUGAACCGUACACAAGGAUUUUGAAGGGAAAAAAAGAAGGAACAAAAAAAGAAAAGCAUCAACACAUCGUCAACUUGUUUCCCCCUUAUUCUAAUGAAUAAAGUGGCAUCGGAAUAGGUCAACCCCUUAGGUACGCCACUGCUGAUAAAGAUCCCGGUUUCAGUUAUUGAAGCAUAUAUAGUACGCCUAAUCGCAUAGGCGUCACCCUUACAUGCAAAAAAACCAAGCCGAAUACUACACAUCCUUACGCACACAUAUUUAUCGAGAGCGCAGAAUUUAUUUUUCACAAGCCCCGAAAAAAAACAACAAAAAACAACUAAAUGAAUAAAGCUAGAUCGCUGGUAGAUGACUAAACAGUGAUAGCAUAUGUAUGGUUAAGCAUAUCAAUUUAAUGAUGAAUAAACUUUUCAUGGACUAAUGUAUAUAUUAUUUAAAUACAUUUUGUUUGCAGAUACACCAAAACUUAUCUUCUAGUAUAAAUGAAAAGAUGGAAAGAUUCUCCGGAAUAUGCAAUAAUGUGACCUAAAAUGAAUUUAUCUUCAAUUUGUUUUUCAUUUUACAGUCAAUAAAUCUGGAAUGUUCAGAUUCUCAACGUCCGGAUAUGAGAUUGUAUAAUAAAAAUAAAAAUGUGAAAAAAAAAAAAAAUUCUUUUGUACAACAUUUAAGGAGG